CCUUUCUGUCAUCGAAGUUCGGGGGCAGGCACUUGAACGGAAAAGAAUAAAAGGAAAAAGAGAGGGGAGAGAUAGAGAAAGAGAGAGAGAGAGAGGGAGAGGGAAUCUGGAGAUUCACACCGCUUCGUUAAUGGCGGUUAGGGUUUUUCAUUGAUCCCCUCCAAAUUAUAAAAGAAACUUUAAUCUUCUUCAUACACUUUCUAUCCCUUCUCUCCUAAAAAAACCCUAAUUUAUUGUCCUUGAAGCAUAUCCGUUGCCGUUCCGGUUCCGAUUCGGACGAUUCAAUCUCUCUAAUUCUGUCUUCUAAUUUGAAUAGCUGAUACAGUAGCAGGCAUGGGCGCUCCUGAGAAGUCACAGGCCAAUGCCAAUUCAAUGCAGCGUGUUAAGGUCUACCGUUUGAGUGAUGAUGGUAAAUGGGAUGACCAAGGAACUGGGCAUGUCACUGUUGACUAUUUGGAGCAAUCAGAAGAGCUAGGUUUGUUUGUCAUUGAUGAAGAAGACCAUGAGACAUUACUUUUACAUCGUAUUAGCUCAGAUGACAUUUACAGAAAGCAAGAAGAUACGAUUAUCUCGUGGAGAGAUCCAGAAUAUUCUACGGAAUUAGCACUAAGCUUUCAAGAGACUACAGGGUGUUCUUACAUAUGGGACCAUAUUUGCACCGUGCAAAGGAAUCUGCAUUUCAAUCCUCUUAACAAUGAGACAUUUCACAGUGUUAAUAGUGAGCUGAGGAAGUUGCCUGCAGUUGAGCUAUCCACUCUUCCUUUAAUACUUAAGACUGUGGUUGAGAGUGGCAUUGCUGAUCAGAUGCGGCUGACAGAGCUAAUUUUGAAUGAUCAAGAAUUUUUCCGAAAGCUGAUGGAUCUGUUUAUAGUCUGUGAAGACUUGGAAAACAUUGAUGGGCUUCACAUGAUAUACAAAAUAGUCAAAGGGAUUAUUUUGCUCAAUAGUCCUCAGAUCUUUGAGAAGAUAUUUGGUGACGAAUUGAUCAUGGAGAUUAUUGGUUCAUUGGAGUAUGAUCCAGAGGUCCCUCAUAUCCAACAUCAUCGUAGAUUUUUAAAAGAGCAUGUUGUCUACAAGGAGGCCAUACCAAUUAAAGAGCCUUUAGUUCUGUCAAAGAUACACCAAACAUACAGAAUUGGUUAUUUGAAGGAUGUUGUGUUGACUCGAAUAGUGGAUGAGGUGACGGUUGCAAAUCUCAAUUCGAUAAUUCAUGCAAACAAUGCCAUUGUUGUUUCUUUGUUAAAGGAUGAUAGUACCUUUAUUCAGGAAUUGUUUGGUAGGUUGAGAUCACCCUCCAUCUCUGCGGAAUCUAAGAAAAACUUGGUGUAUUUCUUGCAUGAGUUUUGUAGUUUAAGCAAGAGCCUGCAGAUGGUCCAGCAGCUCCGGCUAUUUAGGGAUCUCAUGAAUGAAGGCAUCUUUGACAUUGUCGCCGAUGCUUUGCAGAGUGAAGACAAAAAUCUUGUAUUAACUGGGACAGAUAUCCUCAUUCUUUUCUUGAAUCAGGAUCCAAACCUUCUUCGUUCUUAUGUUGUUCGGCAGGAAGGAGUUCUACUUCUGGGACUCUUGGUUAAAGGAAUGAUCACAGAUUUUGGGGAGGAUAUGAACUGCCAAUUUCUUGAAAUUCUUCGCAGUUUACUGGACUCAUACACAUUGUCUGGAGCACAGAGAGAUACUAUUGUUGAGAUUUUCUAUGAGAAGCAUUUGGGUCAACUAAUAGAUGUUAUGGUGGCAUCUUGUCCUUCAGAAGGUGUAGCUCAAUCAAGCGAUAAUUCUGUGGGAUCUGGUGAAAGAAUUGGAAAUCAAAUUGGCGCAAAGCCUGAAAUACUGUCAAACAUUUGUGAAUUACUAUGCUUUUGUGUUCUGCACCAUCCAUAUAGAAUAAAGUGUAAUUUUCUCCUUAAUAAUGCGGUAGAUAAAGUUUUGUUGGUUAUGCAAAGAAGGGAAAAAUACCUAGUUGUUGCUGCUGUUCGAUUUGUUCGCACUAUUCUUUCCCGCCAUGAUGAGCAUCUGAUAAAUCAUGUUGUCAAGAAUAACCUUCUGAAACCAAUUGUGGAUGCCUUUGUUGGUAAUGGUAGCCGUUACAAUCUGCUCAACUCGGCAGUUUUAGAACUUUUCGAGUACAUUCGAAAGGAAAACCUUAAAUCAUUGCUUAAAUAUAUAGUUGAUACAUUUUGGCACCAGUUGGUCAAAUUUGAGUACUUGGCUCCCAUUCAUGCACUAAAAGUUAAAUAUGAGCAGUCCCUGGAGAAUAGUGGAACAAAAGGCACUUGUAAUUUGUCAGACCCCAGAAAACGAGUUGAUGAGCGUGCUUUGGAGAAAGAAGAGGAGGAUUAUUUCAACGAGGACAGUGAUGAAGAAGAUACGGCAUCUGCAUCAAUAUCACAACCCCAAAAAGUACAGUCUCAACCUGUUUUAUCCAAUGGAGUUAGUCCAAGUUUCCCGCCCUUAAGUCCUAGAUCUGGUGGACUGGUUGAUUAUGAUGAUGACGAGGAUGAUGAAGACUACAGGCCACCUCCAAGGAAGCAGCCAGACCCUGAUGAAGAUGAAGGAACAAUGGAAUCUCUUAGGUUGAAGCGGAAACUGGCAUCCGCAGACAACAAGCCUGAGGUGUUGAAGAAGCAGCGGAUUGGAAAAAAUUCCAAGUCGAAAGAUAGUGUAUUUGCUGCUUUGUGCUCAACACUAAGCCAGGCAGUGUUACCUAAUAAGAAAACUGCUAGCACCAUGCACUUAAUGGCUCAUACAGCUGAUGGGACGACCCAAAGCUCUGGUGAAGAAAAUCAUGAGGAGAAUAAACCUGACACGGACAGAAGCAAUUCUGAUAACAGCACCACCUCAGAUGAUGAGAACCAUGGAGAGAAGGAAGCUGCUGCUUCUAAAAUAUGUUCUGAUCGAUUGCAUAGCGCUUCUGACAAUAGACAGUUAGGCGGAGAAGACUCUCCAUUAAUACCACCAAAAUCCUCACCAGAAAUGGCUGUAAGUGGAUCCUAAUGUACUCGGGGUUGCAUUUUUGUUCUGUUUUCUUCUAUCGUGGAUGUGCUUGGUGGUGUGGGUUACCGAAGUAACAAUGCACUUUGAAAGAGAAGAAAUGAGCAAGGGGGGAUGAAUUUGUUUGAGGUCUUUACGGUGAUGACUGUGGGGUAUACUGUAUAGCGCUACUUAGAGGAGAAAGGCAAUCAAUCUAUACGACAAUGUGGGCCCGCCCGUUCUCCCUCUUCACUUGGUCUUUCUGAUGCUUUGAGCUUAGCAAUUCUCUUUUGUACCACAUUUAUCAGCACUAUUUUUUCCCCAAUUAUCUCAAAUGUUUUCCUUUUUUUCCCCCUUUAAUGUUUUAUUCCAAUUACCCUUUGUUUUGUUAGUCCACUUUUAGCUAUGUGAACAGUAUGAUAAAGAAGGCACCAAUGUCUGCCUUGCAUAGUGUUUUUUUUUUUUUUUUUUUUUUUUCCCCGGUUCUGUGGUGGUGGGUGUGGGUUGUAAUAGAGAUGGUCUAGCGAGUUGGUUAGAGGGCAAAGAUUUCCAUAUGUACUAGUAGUGAAACUCAUUAUAGAGUACUGUAAAUUAGAUUUUGAACACUUUAUGAUUGAAGGGAUCCUCAAAUGUUCCUACA